UUCACUUAAUCCCACAGUUCCAUACAGCUGCAUCCGUUUUAUGGGCUGUUUUUCCAGGUAUACAUGUAUUGAACAGCUAGCUACUCUGCCAGCUGUCCAGAGGAACAAUGAAGUCAAUCAUGCAGAACAACUGCUGACUCACAAGUUAUAUUUCAGUGAAUGAGACCAGCCACUAGGGUAGUUGAGUGUAUGAUCAGUCCUCAGUAAAAGUAGUCCAUAUACAAGCUACAAAACAAGAAUGGCAAACAAGUCGAUAUAUGAUUUUUCCGCUGAGACGUUGGAAGGAGAGAAAAUCCCACUGAGCCUUUACAGAGGAAAGGUGCUGCUCAUUGUCAACGUUGCUACCUUCUGAGGGUCAACGAUUGAGGAGUACCACCGAAUGAAUGCACUAAUGGAAAUGUUUGGCAACCGGAAUUUUACUGUGUUAGGAUUCCCCUGCAACCAGUUUGGUCUGCAAUCACCUGAGGUGAAUGAAGAAAUGCUCAAUGUCCUGAAGUAUGUGAGACCUGGUGGUGGGUUUGUACCAAAGUUUCCUGUCUUUGCUAAGAUCGAGGUUAAUGGGUUGAAUGAAGAACCUCUUUUUACAUAUCUAAAGGAGUCUCUGCCAUUUGUAAAUCCUCUUAUUGGAGACAUAAAGAAGUUCUACUGGUCCCCAAUAAGAGUCAAUGACAUUAGAUGGAAUUUUGAGAAGUUUCUUAUUAAUGCAGAUGGCACCCCUUUCAAAAGGUAUGAACUUCACUGCCCCGUUGACAUGGUCGAGAAAGACAUAGCCGAUCUUCUCUGAUGGUCGUUAGGGAAUCACUCCCUCGUGACAGAGUGACGAUCACUCAGUAAAUGCACACAAGGCACCUGAGCUGAAUCUGAUUGGAAGUGGAACAUGCAUCAGAGAUUCAGUGCAUUCUCUCUGAAAACAAGUUCUCCUUCAGCCACUUGAGGUGUUUCCAUGGCGUUGUCAUAUUUCCCGGACGUGGAAUUAGAUCUGCCGUUCAGAAUAUGAAUGAAAAUUAAACACAAUAUUAAGAACUCGA